UCCACUCCACAUGGGAUAUUUCCUUCCUUUCCCAUGUGCCCGUCAGACCUUUUCCAGUAGUUAUUGCAAAAAAAUAGUGAAACCAUUUGGAAAUAGUGAUCAGUGACCAGGACCAUUAAUAAAAUAUCAUGAGGAGAUUAUCAGAAGAAAGAACUAAGUUAUUGUUCGAAAAACUAACGAAAUACAUCGGUGACAAUGUCAAGCUACUGGUGGACCGUCCGGACGGUAUAUACUGCUUCAGAGAGAAAAAGGACAGGGUUUACUACGUCUCGGAGAAGAUUCUGAAUCUAGCAUCAACCAUUGCACCUGAGAAUCUGAUGAGUUUUGGUACCUGUUUCGGUAAAUUCACGAAAUCCGGAAAAUUCAGGCUCCAUAUAACUGCGCUGCACUAUCUGGCACCUUAUGCCCAGUACAAAGUGUGGCUGAAGUCCUCAGCAGAACAGCAAUUUGUCUAUGGCCACAAUGUGACGAAGUCGGGGCUAGGAAGGAUAACAGAAAAUACACCAAGAUAUCAAGGAGUCGUUGUAUUUUCUAUGAAUGACGUCCCUCUGGGCUUUGGUGUGGCAGCAAAGAGCACAGCUGACUGUAAAUUCGCAGAUCCAAUGGCCAUCGUCUGCUUCCAUCAGGCGGAUAUUGGUGAAUACAUCAGAUCAGAAGACACUUUACUAUGAAAAAAUACUUUUGAAAGUGCUAUGUUUAAACUUAAUGGAUACCAUAGAGCGACUGGAGGAGGAAUGAUUUAGUGGUAGGUUUUGCCACGUUACUUUUUUAAAUUAAAAAAUUUAUUCCCUUUG